GCUUCUCUCGCGCUCUUCCUUCCUCCCCUCGAGUAAUAGACAGAUCAUCAAGUCUUCUUAUUCCAAGAUCUUCUCUCUUGUGCUUCUCUCUCCUACCCAUCCCCCGCUACCCUUCUCGCAAAUAUGCGUACUUCUGCUCUUCUUAGCCUUUUGGCGGGUGUAGGAUCUGUGGCUGCUGCUGCAACCACUAAGCCAUAUGGACUUCCAAAAACCAAAUUAGACAAGAAGGACAUCCAUCUCAGUGUUCAAGCUGAUGGUUUGGACGUUAAGUUGGAUAUUACCAAUUCGACAUCUAGCGUGGUCAAACCUAAGGUCUUCAUCAUUUCUAUGUUCUCACCCGAAGCAGACAUUUGGUAUGAAAACUCCUUCACCGAAGGCUCAAUCGGAAACCUCCUUGCCAAAAACAUCACCGUGCCCGGAUUCUCCCCUCUCUUCCCACAAGCCCAUUGUCUUGCCGAUGGAUCCGUGUGUCAACUCACCACUGGUGAAUCUGAAAUCAACGCAGCUUCAACCAUCACCGCUUUGACUCUCUCCCCCGCUUUCGAUCUCAGCUCGACUUAUUUCCUCGUUGGUGGAAUUGCUGGUAUCAACCCAAAGCACGGCAGUAUUGGUGACGUCGCAUUCUCCAAGUACACCAUCCAAGUUGCUCUUCAAUAUGAAUUCGACGCAAGAGAAAAGCCCGAUAACUUCACAACCGGAUAUUUCCCCCAAGGUUCAUAUGCCCCAGAUCAAUACCCAGGCAACAUCUACGGAACCGAAGUAUUCGAGGUCAACGAACCACUCCGUGAUUUGGCCGUAGGAUUCGCGAAAAAGGCAUCUUUGAACGAUUCAUCCGAAUCCAUCGCCUACCGUGCAUUGUACGCAACAGACAACUCCACAGCCGCUGUCAACAAAUACCAAGCAGCAACUCACGCUCCUACUGUCAUCACAUGUGACACCGCAACUUCAGAUGUCUACUACUCUGGUACCCUCCUCGGAGAAGCAUUCGAAAACACCACUACAUUGCUCACCAACGGUUCGGGAGUUUACUGCAUGACUGCCCAAGAAGAUAACGCCACUCUUUCUGCUCUUUUGCGUGCCGCUCUCUUCAAGAUCGUCGAUUUCUCCCGUAUCAUCAUUAUGCGCACAGCCUCUGAUUUCGACCGCCCAUACCCCGGUGCAUCUGUCGAAUUCAACCUCUUGUAUUCCAACCAAGGUGCUUUUGAACCAGCUGUUGAAAACAUCUACAUCGCCGGUACCGAAGUUAUCAAGGGACUUCUUGAUGGCUGGAACUCAACUUUCGCUGCAGGUGUAGCUCCUACCAACUAUAUCGGAGAUAUCUUCGGUUCUUUGGGAGGUGAGCCUGAUUUCGGACCAGGAAGUGAGUUCGGUGGUGAGCAAGUCGAUCCUGACAACGAGGUUAUCUAUGUCAAGAGAGAUGGACAAAAGAAGGCCAAGUCCAGAAGAGAGAUGAAGGGAAAGAAGGGCUUGAUGAGACGUAUUUAGGAGAUGAUAGUAAUGAUGGGGGUUGCUUCAGUGUCGGGUCAGAGCUGAGAGAGCUUUUCCUCAAGCUUGCAACAAAGUACGCUUUCGUCUUUUCUUCGCGAGUGUAUCUAUAUCCAAAAGUUUUGGUCGGUGUCUUUCGUUUUCCUAGGCUGAAAUGUUGGCAUUUUCGCGGAUGUUACGAGGUGGUCUUUCGAUCCUUACGAAAAUUUUGGGGCAUUGGAUUUUGUUGUUUCGAAUCUCGAUGGAAUAUGCAUUGUUAGUCGAUUCGAAGAGCAUUACACGUUUCGAUGCGUUUCGGACAAUUUCAUGAUGGCGACUGUAGAUAAUGGGUGGCAAAGAAUCAGUCAGGUGGCUCGAAAAAGUGCGAUGGAUUAUGAGUAAAUAAAUGCAGAUGAGCUAUGAAAUAUGGGAGGAUGAAAUUUAUAUUAGUAUUCGAUUUGUGGUCACAAUUUAAAUCCUAUAGGAUGGAUGGAUAAUGAAGGAAGUAUAUAGGAGAGAUGAAUAUAUGAAUAUAUGAUUUACA